AUGGGUCCUGGGGUGACCUGUCCGUGGGGCAGCCAGCUUUCUGGCUUCCAGGCGAGGACUUGGACGGAGCCUGUGGUGGCCUUAACCCAGGUGGCCGGCUCCCUCUACGAUGCAGGGCUGCUCCUGGUAGUGAAGGAGGCCUUCGCACCUGAGGCUGGAGGCUCCUCCAAUUACAGUGCCAGCCAGUCGCUUAGGGGGCACCAGGAGGACCAACAGCAGAAGGCCAUUUCCAAUUUCUACAUCAUCUACAACCUUGUGGUGGGCCUGACGCCCCUGCUGUCCGCCUAUGGACUGGGCUGGCUCAGUGACCGUUACCAUCGCAAGAUCUCUAUAUGUACCUCGAUGCUGGGCUUCCUGCUGUCCCGCAUCGGACUCCUGCUCAAAGUGAUGCUGGACUGGCCAGUGGAGGUGAUGUAUGGAGCAGCGGCGCUCAACGGGCUCUGCGGGGGCUUCUCCGCUUAUUGGUCCGGGGUCAUGGCACUGGGAUCCCUGAGCUGCUCCGAAGGCCACCGCUCCUUGCGCCUCAUUGUCAUCGACUUGGUCCUGGGCUUGGCCGGGUUUUGUGGGAGCAUGGCCUCGGGGCACCUCUUCAAGCAGAUCGUUGGGCACUCAGCGCAAGGCCUCCUGUUAACUGCCUGCGGCGUGGGGUGUGCGGCCCUUGCGCUUUUCUACAGCCUCUUUGUGCUGAAAGUCCCCGAGUCUGUGUCGGAACCCAGCAAGGUGUACACCGUAGAUACGGUGUCUGGCAUGGUAGGCACCUAUCGAACUCUGGAUCCAGACCAACUAGACAAGCAGAAUGCACCAGGAAGCCCUCCGGCUCCUGGGAAAGGGAAGCCCUCCCGAACCAUCGUUGCCCUGCUAUUUGUCGGAGCCAUCAUCUAUGACCUGGCCGCUGUGGGCACAGUGGAUGUCAUGGCCCUUUUUGUGCUAAAGGAGCCUCUCAGUUGGAACCAAGUGCAGCUGGGCUAUGGGCUGGCUUCUGGGUACAUAAUCUUCAUCACCAGCUUCUUGGGUGUCUUAGUCUUCUCCCGCUACUUCCGGGACACUACGAUGAUCAUAAUCGGGAUGGUUUCCUUUGGGUCUGGAGCCCUUCUCAUGGCCUUUGUGAAGAAGACAUACAUGUUCUACAUUGCCCGAGCCAUCAUGAUGUUUGCACUCAUCCCCAUCACCACCAUCCGAUCAGCCAUGUCCAAACUCAUAAAGGACUCUUCCUAUGGAAAGGUGUUCGUCAUAUUGCAGCUGUGCCUAGCUCUGACUGGGGUGGUGACAUCCACCAUAUUUAACAAGAUCUAUCAGCUCACCCUGGAUAAGUUCAAUGGCACCUGCUUUGUUCUAUCCUCGUUUCUCUCCUUCUUGGCCAUUGUCCCAAUUGGCAUUGUGGCCUACAAACAAGUCCCGAGGUCAUCACAAGAAGAAAGUGCAGAGAAAUGA